AUGGCGGACGAAGAAGAUGACGACCCCGUUGUUGCGGAGGUUUGUUUAUCUCACGAUUGUGAAGAUCUUUGCACAGUUUAAAGAGACAGUACUGUUCAUAAAGCAUAUAUCUUGCUCUCCUUCACAGGUGGACGUUUAUUUGGCCCAGACUUUGGCCAACAAUCUCUUCUUAUUUCAGGUAAGGUCAGCUGAAUUCUUUCCAAAACUUACAACAUGCGGAAAUUAAACUAGCAGCUUUGAGCAUGUUAUUUUAUUUUUCCCGUUUUAGAGGCUAGUAAUGUACUUUUACAGCUAAAUGUUAAUUAUAUUAGCAUAGUUAGGAUGCUUCGCUUACUCCUUAAGCUUAAAGCCUGAAAUAUAACAAUUUGCACAAGAUUGCACGUCGAUCCUACGUUGCCGGCUUUUUGUUUUAAGAGGCUUUGGUCUUCUUAGCCUUCAAUAGACAUCUUGGACAGCAAUAAAGAAAUACAGUGUUAGUUUAUUUGUCUCAUUUUGUGCAUGUGCUGCACAGCUACAGGUGACAUUAAAAGUAUGUAACUAUUUUAAUAAUCAUAUAAGCUGAAAGGAGCAAGUGCCAAAUGCUAAUCUUUUUAAAAUAACGGAACCUCAUUAAGGGGGGUAACUGGUCAAGUGCAAAGAAAGUAGUGUCCGAUAGCUUGGGGCUAGUGGAUUUUGCUAUCGGGCUAGCGAAUUCUGUUUUUAACUUGCCCAAUGGGCAAGUGAUGUUUUUUGAGGAAUUCAAAUAACAGAAGAACUGUGAAAUCAAUCCUGCUCGUCAAAUCUUUUGGGGCUGGUUGAAAUGACCUCUUGGCUAGUAAAUGCUAGCUUCAGCUUGCCCAAGUGGUAAGCUAUAAAAGUUAUUUUCUUUGCACACUGAAUAUGCCUCAUUCUUUAAGCCAUAAACCAUAACAAGCAUGCUUCAAAAUAAUAUAAUAUUUCUCGUUCUAGAAUAGGGGGCGAAGUGCCUGGGGCGAAAUGAUGUGGGGGUUAGGGUUAGAUGACCAGACCAGUAACCAUCCAGGGGGGAUAUGGACCAUGGUAACUGUGUUGGGCUAAACUGUAACCUUGAAAGAGCUGAAUACACCAGAGUAAAUGUUCAUGCCUUAUCAGUCAAACAGUCUGGUGAAGGAUUGGCACCCAGCUAGCAGGGCCUUUCUUUUGCUUGCUUGAUUUUGACUUACCUCAGGAAGACUCUGCAUAGUUCAACUAAGGCCUGAUUCAGACGCCGUACUUUUCAUGUGCCGAAUCUAAUUGAAUAAGUUUGACUUUGGAGCGACACUGGCGCGACAUCUGAUUCAGAUGGCACACUGUGUGUUGAGCCUAUGUUAAGUUCGACAAAAGUCCUACAGACUCUAUCGAACUUAAUGCUUUUGCCACGCCAUACUAAAACUGUGGUACCAAGUUGAUUUAGAUGCCACUCUUUUACCAUACUUAAUUCAUCAGUUAGGUUCAGCACAUGAGUGGAACGGCGUCUGAACCAGGCCUAAGGUCCUUCAAACCCAGGCCCAUUAGCCAUGUGCUUGGUAUGAAGGGCUCAGGUAUGAUCAUCGGCUUAUCAGUAAACAGAUGCUCGCAAUGAAAAACACUAGUUUGAUAAGAGAAAACUAGACUGAUUAGUCCAGAAGUUUUAGCUGUGGUGACUUGAAAGUAUUGACCUAAAACCGACAUUGCCUCCUUUUCUCAUUCUUGAUCAAAAAGAAGACAGAAGCCAAGGAGGCCUUGCUUGAGGGGUGGCGGAUUGAGUUAAACUUGCCAAGCUCGUGACCAAUGGCCCAGUUAGUGUAUUAUUUACAUCUGAAAAUCUUGCAGUUCCCUUAGGAGUGGUCUGUAAAACCAUUAUGGUCAGCACUUUAUCCUUUUAGUCACACUAUCUGCACACAAAUGCUUCAGACUGAUCUCCAUCCACUUCCUGAAAAAAAAAAUGGUAGAGAGAAUUUGUUACCAAGAGUAGCCACUGGGCUCAUAAGUAACGGGCUCCCUUGAUUUUUAUUUUUAGUGAAUUAUCAGUACAUUAGAACAAUUCAUAUCAAUGGCAGAGCUUCUUGACAUUGACCUAAAAAUAUUCCAUAGCAUUUACACAAAGACCACAUCUUACCAUGCAAGUGUAUAUAGUUGGUUUUGGUCCAGACUUGCAGCUAUCUUUUUGUGACCUAGAUAUCCAGGCAGUUAAUAAAAUAAGUCUUAUAAAACAAUAAGUCUUAAUGAACCUAAAAUUGCUUUAUUUUUUCUACUUUAGUAUCCUGUUCGCCCAGCAACGAUGACUUAUGAUAAUGUUCCACAUAUUGGUGCCCGAAUCAAACCUGAACAGCAAAAGGUAUUAUACCUUGAUUUAGUUCUGUCAAAAUGUGUUGGUGAUAGCUACAAAAAGCAGCAAAAUUGUUGAGACACUGUCUUCAUGUGGUAAAACUUUGGAGAACAAAACAAUCCACACUCCUCCCCCUCCCAUCCAUUCAAAAAAGAGGUGUUUGUUGUUUCUUAUAGGUUCAUUGUAGCUAUGUGUACAACAUUGCAUGGAGGGAGUUGGGAAGGGAAAGCUUCAUUUUUUCCUUUUGAAGCCAGCAAACCUCUGAAAUGCCCUUUAGAGCAAAGUGUCUCAACUAAUUUGUUCCUGAUUGUAGUGUGGAAUUUUACUUUUUUCCCACAAUAGUCAAUUGAACAUUUUCCACAAUCAAUUAUCACAUUGUUUAAGAAUUUGGAUUGAUGAUUGAUUAAAAUCGAUGAUCGGAACAGUGAUUUUGUUACCUCUGCGUCUUGCGUCCCUGACACAAAAAAAUCCCCAAAGAUGCAAAAUAUUAAUUCAUGGCAUGCAUCCCGAAGGAUGCAAAGAUUGAUAGAUCAAUCUGAACAUGUGUAUUUGUAGAGAUAUCUGGCCCGUUAACAUGAUUUCUGUAGCAGUUAUUAUGGCUGUUGUUUAACAGUGCAUAUUUCUUUUAGCCUUUGUUGUGCUUUAAAAUAGAAGGACUAUAUUUUAUUUCAGUAUACUGUAAUACAGAGUUUUGGAGUCUGUCGUCAGAUUUUAACUAUCUGGUUACAUAAAGGCCCAAGCAUUUUCAAUUUCAGACUCGUUUUUUCUUACUGGGACUCAUUGGUUCAGGACUGGGACUCAUGAUUUUUCACAAGAUGAGUUGCAGGACUUACAUGUACCAUAACUAUUAAAUAAUAAAUCACUGUCGGAACAUCACAACCAUUAAUUUCAUGUGAAGCAGAAGAAUCACUAAGCAUGGUUUUGUGUAACUUUCUUGGUUAAACCAAAUCAAGCAGUAUACUUUCCAAAAGAGCAGCUAAUUAUCACAAUUUAGAAAAAGGCAGGAUGAUGUAGAGACUUUACAAUAAAGCUCAAUGAUACAGUGUAUUUGGCCAUUUUUUUAAUGAAGGACUAUCACUUGAAAUAUUAAUUUUUUUGUGGUCUUAUCAGUUUGGUUAAUAAUAUUGAUUUGACUUACAAAGAUGCAGGCAAUUAUCACAACAAGGGCAGGAUGAUAUAGAGACCUUUUAAAGCUUAAUGAUAUUUGGUCAUUUUUUCAAUGAAGGACUACCACAUCACAUGAAAUGUUUUAAACUUUUUGUGGUCAUAUCAGCUUGGUCAAUAAUUUUUGAUGUAUUAUCACUUUUGUAGGUUGAAGUUGAACUUGCAAUAAAUACAAGUGGUGCCAACUAUUACGGACCAAGAGGAGAACAAAUUGCUCAUGAUGUUGAUGGCCUUAGCUCAUCGUCCAAUUCUGAAGAGAAAAAUUCCUUUUUUACAAGGUACUGUGCAGAACUUCAUUGGCUUAGCUACAUGUAAAUGCUUGCAACUCCGGUUUCCUUUGUCCUUUGCCUGUGCUAUAAAACAAAGGAUGCCAUCUCUCAAAUGGGAACAGGGGCUUGACCUGCCAGUAGAUAACAAUUUUCUGCUGAGAUUGUAUGACCACUACAGUUUGUGAUCCCCACAGUCAGUUGCCAGUGAAGACCUUGUAGAAAUUUGGUCGUGAAUAAUAAGUAUUCAGUUUCAAUAGCAUAAUUAUCACUCUUAACAUGACUAAAAUUUACAUGCAUUUGUCAAAAAUUUUCAAAAGUUUUGUUUUUUAUCAUAGUGAUAAGAUGGACAAGCAGGUUCUUACAUCAUCUCUGGCCACGGAGGAUGCCAAUCGUUAUGCUGUUGGUGUUCUAAGACAAGGUAGGAUUACAGUAACUGUUGUUCUAUGUGAAAAAUAAAUAAGUGCAACUUACAGUAGACUGGGUCACUAAUUUUCUGUUAAACACUUCUGGUUAGCUAAGUAUAUUUAAUUACUAAAUUAAUGAUUAUUUAUUGUCAUUUAUAAUUAAUUUUUAUCAACUUUGUGGACAGCUAGAGAAGGAGGCCACAUUAUAUGUAGCCAGCUUCGUUUGGACUUCCACUGAGAAUGAUUGGCAUACAUAGAACACAAUCUGAUCAUGCAUGUUUGUACCUUCUAUUACUUGUGAUCUGAUCAUGGGUGUUGUGACCAUUUAUCACAUAAAAAGCACAGCGUUGGAGCAAAAGACCCUGGUUCAUUGUCACCCGCGGUCUGUAGCCUUCAGUUAUUACUACUGUAGUUAUCAUUUAUUUUGUUUACCAUCCAAGUGAACCUCCUUAGCAAUAGUUCUCCAUGGUAGUGUUUGUUAACUUAGCAGGGUGUUCAUUAGGCAGAUCAGAGAAUUCUCCAUUUACUACACAAAAUUCUCCAGCUAACGUUCGGUAGCCUAUGACUAUUUUUUUUAGACAAUGGAGCCUUUUUCAAGAUAUUCUCCUCUAACGUUACACAUUUCACCUGCUACUAGAAUUCUUAAUGAAAACCCUGCUUAGUCAUGUUUUCGUUUUUAGGAGAGCUUCAUCUAACACCCAUAUGUGGUGCACUUCAACUCAGACCCAGUUUUGAGUAUCUCAACAAAGGCGAGUCAAAUGUACGCCAGAACACCAGUGUUACAGAAGAAGGUAUGCGUUACAAGAUUGGAUGUUUCACGAUGUUUUCAUGAUGACAGUUACCAUGUAGAAACUGGAAUCACUUUAUGACCAUUUUAAAACCAAGUCUGUAAGUAAUUAAAAAACUAAAGGCCAGGUGCAAAAUACUGUAUACUAGUUUUUUGAACAAGGAAAGUUCAUUAAUCUCUAGCCAUUGCAUGUCUUUAUUAUUAGUUUGUUAGUCUCUAGUCUAAAGAAUGUAGUGGAAAAUUGGGUUAAUAACCCCAUUGGGAUUUCCUCUGGCUACUAUUAGGAUGACCUCCCGCUUCCUUCAUGCAUGUAAAAAGAAGGAAAAUAAAACCAAAGAGAACAUCUUAAUCCAUCUGCUAAUUGUAUAUACCCAGCAACUUGAAAUCUUGGUGUUAGCCCUGUUUAUAGUUGGUGAUUGUAUUGGAAAAUAACAGACUUUUAAGUACUAUCUUGAGUAAUUCUUUGUUGUUUUUGUCUGUAAAUUAUCAACAGGUGAUUCACAGGACGAGGAAGAUGAAGCGAAACCUUUAACAGUAUGUUUAGUUAACUACUCUUCAAUGCUGUAGUUUUGAUUUUCUUGUUUUCAAAUAACAGCUGAGUGAAUAACCAGACUAAGGUUAGACCAAUUUUCAAUUCCUUUCCAAUUUCUCUGCAGACAGUCGUGAAGGUUGAUUAUUUAUGGUGCAAAUUUGAACUCAGCACAGAAUCUUAGAAAAAAAAAAACAAAUUUGUUAAGAUUAAGACUAAGAGCUUUUCUCUUUAGGUCAAAUUUGCCCGCCCUGAAACAGAUCGGGCAAAAGCGCAACGUUUGUCAUCUUUCAAAUACCUGGAAAAGAAAAAAGCAGAGGAGCCGUGGAAAAAAGUUCAAUUUUAUAAUCCACAGGUAUGUGCUGUAUUGUACUCCUGGAAAGUUGUAAAUGCUCCUCAAUAGCGUGCAAAACUCAUUGAUGAAAACUCAUUGAUGAAACAUAAUCAUGUAUUUUAGUAAGGAAAAGUUUUUAUUUACCUCAAACAUAGCAUCAUGCAUUUUUUCCAGUCCUAAAUUUUUAACUCUCUUAGUUUUGAAAUAACAACAAGUACUUUUUUGCUGUAAGCUGAAAGCAUUCCUCUUAUCAUAAAUAGUCAUUAGCUGAGGGUUUUUUUUUGUUGGUUUUUUUGUCAUGUCCAAAAAGCUGAGCAGUUAUCUAAACCAAGAAACUGUAGCUUUUUAAUAUUUUGUUCUAAUUAUCUAACUGAGCUAUCUAUAAGUCAAGAGUAUUGAUUUAAUAUCCAAUAAACAAUUUUUUUGGGUGAUUUAUACAAGUUAGCAAACCAAGAAAGCUUUUUCUGAGCUGUCUAUAAGUCAUGAGUAUUGGGGUUUAUUUGUUUUUCAUUGGUCCUGGAUUAAUUUUGUAAUGUAUGCCAUACUGUCCAGUUUUUUUGUUUGCUGGUACCAUGUUUGUCACUGAAUGUUCAUUGCACUGUGUAUUAUUUUUGCAUUAAUGGACCUCACAACAACUCUUUUGCUUAUCUACUGCUAAAAUUUCCUUCUACUGAGAAAUAAUUUGUUAAAAAUUAUCUGCUCCAAAUCUUUUGAACACGGUGUACUACGUUGUUACUACAACACACAAAUCAAUUUCUGCUCAUACACCUUAUUCUCGCAACCAAGGCAAAGAGGGCUAAUUAAUACACACGUAAAUGUGAUAGGAAAUUAGUAUUGCUGCCCUUUAGGAUUAUGGUGUAUGUACUGUGGUGAAUUUUUUUUUUUAUAAUUUUUUAAACCUCCAGGAUCACGAGGCUGCAAGUGAGCAUAAAUUACUUUUCUGCCAAAGUAUGGAGUCUUAUUCACCUGAGUUCCAAGUGAAUGCAAGGUACACUUACAUACAUACUUUAUUUGUUAUGUACGUCAGUAAAAUGGCAGCAGAAACUCAUAAGGGGUCGAAAUGUGUAACUCUCGUUCAAUGCUCAUGAAUUUUCAUUUCCUUAGUACCAUAAAUUGGAAAUCCUUGCUGUGGCCUCAAAAAAGCAAUAGUUUAACAACAACUUUACAUGUGCAUCAUGCUUUUUUGUUUGUUUCUUUGCUGUCACUGCAUGACUACGACAUGAAAAUGUUUAAUUUCACAUUUUGCAGAGGGCAAAAACAUAAGACAAUGACUGUUUUUCUUUUCCUGAACUUCGAUACAGUCGUUUAGAAUUCAACUCCAGAAAAAUUUGCUAACAUUUGACGAUUUGAACGAGGUGGAAUAAAUGUGGUAAAGUUUAAAGCAGUGCUAAUGUACUUUUGAAGUGACGUUAUCGUAGCCGUCACUGUCGUUGUUGCUUAUAUCUCUCAAUUUUUUGAGUGGGUGCUGGAACUUGAAGUGAGAUUACAUCACAUCAUUUAUGAAGUUUGAUUGGUCAGUUAUCUUUUCUUCUUGUUCCAACUAUGGUACAGCUGUACUGUGUACAUGCAAAAAUGAAUGUUCAUGAGCAUCGGACAAAGCAAACAUAUGAGAGUUACACACUUCAACCGCUAAUGAGUUUCUGACAGCAGCUAAUAGCUGAUGUGGACUCACCAAUGAAAGUAUAGUUGCAAAAAUGAAUAAAUGAAAUACAGUCGACUCCUGAUAACUCAAAUCUUCAAGGGAAAUAAAAAAAAAAGUUCGAGUUAUCGGGAGUUCGAAUUGUCGGGAGCUCAAAGCAAAUAGCCGCAAGUAAGGGAAAAACCAGUUUUUACUGUACAGUGAACAUUUUAAUCACUUUUGACUGUAGAAAAUUAAUGUUAAGUGAAAAUUGAAAGAAACUUCUAGAUUGUGAAUCAGAAUGUAACGUUAAAAACGUAGCGUAAAAUAUAGAGCAUGAGUUUACUGUUUGAGUAGUAAAGCUGUUUCAUGUUAGAUUUGUGAUAAACAACAUCUGCCUCCAUUAGUAAACUAAUAGUAUGUGCCUACAGCACGUCAAUGGGAAAUUCAAAAUCAAUGUUUCUGACGACAGCACAGUUUUUUUUCCCAACUUUUUAAGCGAUCAAAACAUGGUUCAAGUUUUUGAGUGUAAAAUUAUUUGGAAAUGAUCUGAGGGGAGACAAAAAUUUCUUCGAGUUAGCAGGAGGUUCGAGUUAUUGAGGGUUAGAGUUACCAAGGGUAAAAUUACAGUAAAUAGGUGAAGGAGAUCCAGGGGAAAUUGAUUUUGGUUCGAGGUUAGCGCAAGGUUUGAGUUAGCGAGGGUUUUUGUUAUCAGGAGUCAACUGUAUGUACAAAACAAUAAUAGUAUAAAAGAAAUAAAAGCAUGAUAUGAAGUGGCCAGCUAUACUGAAUUCCUCUGAAAAACCUGGUAAGCUGUUCAAGGAUCUUUGACCUGACAAAGAGUUCUUUAUUUUAGGGAUUACUUGAAGGUAUUGACACCAUCUACUAGUCAAGAAGAAAGGUAAAUAUAAGUUUUUCUCUUGAAUUCUACUUUUAAGUCAGAAGCAUUAACAAGGUAGCAUGCCAUUCUUUGUAUUCUAGGAUUUGAUAAUUUUUGGCUUUGUGGGUGACUUUUGUGGGUGAACUCGGGGUUAAAUUUAACCCUGGUUUUUUUUCUUGUGUUCAAAAGCAUUUUCCUAAUUUGCUUUGUUAUUCUUAGACCAAAACCCUGGUUUUUUGCCACCUCUUGAUGGCUCCAGUUUGCAUAUGUUGAUGGUGUGUUUUUAUUCAUGUUGUGCACAAUGCUCAGCUGAUUUUGUUUAGGUUAUGUACAAGAUGAUUGUUUGUACUGUGAAAGAUUACAUUUUUUUUUGACAAUGUUUUAGGCAUUCUACAUAUGUACAUCAAGUACCUAUGAAUAGUUGCCGCUCUCUACAUCUAUUCCUUAUAAGUGGGUUGAAUAUCUUUACUGCAGUCUCGUUGUCUGUUAUGAUCUUGUUGUCCUUACAAUGCCUACAUUGACUUUCACACUGAAAUAACUCACCUUUGUGGCUAAUUUUUUCUAGUUUUACAACUUUGUUGCUAUCAUAAAUUUUUCCAACAGCUCCGAGCCCCGCUUACCAAGCAAUGUUUUGUCAAUGACACAACUUAAAACUAUGGAUUUACCUGAUCAAGUCAAAGCCCUUCUUAUUAACGGUGAGGUUAUUUUAUUUAUUUGAAAGUGUACAGUGUUAGAUCUGCCUUCAUGUAUUUGAAACACCCUGUACAUGGCUAAUCAGGAUAGUAGUAUCUAUAGGCAGACUGCACCUUUUUUAAUACUCAUUUAGAUUAAAUGGAAUCUGAUAAAGUAAUUGACUCUCCCCAGUCAAAGCGCAAUAAAGCGGAGGAACUAUAGGUUAACUGGGAUUGUUGGUGUUACACACAUGUAACACCUCAAAAAACUACAGCUUGUUGGCUUAUUGACCAGUCUCUUCUGUCAUAUCAUUUUCUUGGUGGACAAGAAGUGAAUAUUACUACAAUGUUGCCUCUCUCCAUCAAGCUUAUUGUUGUUCAAAAGGAAGGCAAUACUACCCACCUGAUAAAAAUAAUAACUAUUCAACAGACAACUUUUAUCACAACACAUCGCAUGAUUUAUCUUUGUGGUUGAACAAUGAAAAUUUAUUUUUUUUCAAUUCAGCUUAGAUAACUCAUUUCCAGUGAAGGAAACAAAAAGAUUUAUUAUAUUGAUUGACUGAUUGGUGGAUGGAUUUUACAUUCUGUAGCUAAAGUAAUCAGCUUCUCUCAGCUCUGUCGAUUGCUGUCUCCAGCUCGAACGCUGUCUCAAGCAGCCAAGGAGGUUGUAGUGCUGAAAUGUGUUCAACAGUAUGCUGUUCUUGUACAGGGCUGUUGGGUAGUUAAAAGGUAAAAUAAAACUUUUAAAAUUGAAACUUAAGUUACUAAUUGAAAGGUGUAUGGUAAAUCUGUUAAUCAGCUCUUUGAAUAUUCAAACUAACUGCAUAAUUAUGGUGACCAGGGUUUGCAAAGUCCUUGAAUUCCAUUUUUCCAUAAAAGCCCUUAAAUUUCUGUGCAAAUCCUUGAAAAGUCCUUGAAUUUCCUCCAAGUUUGAAUGUAGUGGCCUGGAAAGUGUGUUUAAUACUUCUCGGUUGUCCAAAACAGAAUAUAAAUCAUAGCUCAUAGAAGCUAAAGGUGAUUUACAUAGAGUGUGUUUUGUUUUAUGCAAGAAUUAACUAUCAAUUUAAGACAAGUGAACUGUAAAAUGUUGAGAUGUUGGUGGAGCAAACAGUUCAAUCCUUUAAAGUCCUAUUAGAACAGACGGGGAAAUCACGUACAUUUUUGUACAAUCUGUUACAUUCCUGAUAGGUGGUUCUUGAAAUCGAAUAAUAAUUAUUAUUGUUAGGCCCUUGAAAAGUCCUUACAAAAUGGUUGCAAUUUUUUGUAUGCACCCUGGUGAUACCCUCUGUGAGUUAACUUUUAUGCCAACAUGCAACAAUGUAAACAGUGUUGUUAGCAAAGAUUCACCUAAACUUCAAUGUAAUCAACCUGUAAUUCAUUUCCUAACUGAAAGUGGCUUGAAAAAAGACAUUUUUAUGAGUAGUAACUUAUCAGUUUCACUGGCUGAGUGUUUUCUUUUUUUUUUUUGGGGGCUCUUCCAAGUGCAGCACAACUUGUUAAAACUCUCAGUAAUACUUCAUGUCAAAACAUAUAAUAAUGUAUAAUAUGUAUAAAAUUAUAUCUGAGCUGACGUAAUUCUGGAUUUCUCCUAAAGCGAGUUAUUGUAUCCUGAGGGAAGCAUUAGUCCUAACAGUGGAAUACCUGCAGAUAUUCUAUGCAGAGGAAGAGAUUAUAUAGUGAGUAACCAACUCUUUGAACCUUCAAACUAACUGCAUAAUUAUGGUGACCAGGGUUCGCUCAGUCUCGGUGUUUAAGGAUGUCAGUUGAGAAGUUAACUACUCGAAGCAUGCAGUUUUCAAGCACUCUAGUCUAGAAUGGGGUUGCAAAAAUAAUCUAGCUGGACAUGGUCUGCUGUAAGUUAAAUUUGGUUUUAACAGAAAUAAUUGAAUUUGAUUUUAAAUAAUUAUGAUACACCAUUAUAAAUUAAUCCAUUGGCUCUUUCCUUAAUCUUGUCUGCUUUUAUUUUUUUUUACCCUGCCUUAACAUGAAGUAAGGUUUCUGCGUACAAAAAAAAAAUCCUGAAUUCUAAAUUCUUUGUAGAUGUGGAGAUUUAACCAGAGUAGAGUAGUUGUUCGGCAAGACAUAAAGACAGUCACCAAGGUAAGACAUGUAAAGAUACUAUAACCCCAUCAUACCCAUCAGUAUUACUUUGAAAGACCAAAUGAUGUACACUGUCUCUGUGUCAUCAAAAGAAACUGUGAUAUAAUGGUUCAGUGUUGGUAGCAAUACAAAAAAAAAUAUUCUGUAACACUGCAACUAUGUGACUGUUUAUUAUUAAUGUUUGAAUAAUUUGUUGCUUGUUUAAGCAUUUUACUGGAUUGUCUGUAAUCUUUAUCAACGAUAAAUCAGUCUUAACAUGGUAGACUAAAUGUUAAAUCAUACCUUUUCCAGCUGAGGGGUUACUCUAUAAAAAAUGUAUUAAUUUUUUGUCUUUUAUUUUGGUUAGCUACCAUCUGAGGACAUCAAGGAAAUGUUAGAUCAGGUUUGUAGAAAGGCUUUUGAUUGAUUUAAAAAAAAACACACACACACAUUAGCUAUGAUGGAUGGUAUUGAAAAUUUUUUUAUUGAUUUUUCUAUUGUUAUUGUUAUUGUGAUUUAGAUGGCUCGAAUGAGAAUUGCAGUGGGUUGGGAGUUUGUGCUACCUCAUGAUGUGGAGUUUAUACAAAAGUAAGUCGUCAUUGUGCUAUUCAUUACUACAUACAAAUCUGGUUGUUACUGUUGAACUAUAAACAUUGUCAAGAGUUACUUUCCCAAGUGUUUGUGCCAGUCAUUUUUUGUUUAAACCAAUGCUGUCCAGUGGUUUAGGUCCUAUUUAACCAUGCGCACCCAAAGUGUUUGUACAAAUGGGGUCUUGUCUGAGCCUCAGCCUAUAUCUUCCGGGGUCCCCCAGGGUAGCGUACUUGGCCCUUUACUAUUUUAUCAAUAUAUAAAUAACUUGCCUCUAGUAGUUCAAGGGUGAAGCAUCAACUAGCUUUAUGCUGAUGAUACUCUUAUUUAUUAUCUAAUCAAGUCUGUCAGUGAAAUUCAAACUCAGUUAACUAGUGGCCUAACCAAUGUCCUUGGCUGGCUUCACACAAAUUUUCUAAUGCUUAAUCUCGAGAAAACUAACAUUAUACUUGUUGGUGCUCACCAGAGACCCACAGCAGCUGAAAUCUUUGAAAAUAAUGCAGUUUUUUUAAAUGUUUUAAUGUCUUUGUUUUGUUUGUGUCAGGGGUCCAUUUAAACUAGGUCUGCUAACUUGGAUGCUCCUGGAUAAAUAUUGAUUUCAAUAAAUAAGUAAAUAAAAAUAAACCCUGUGAGCGGCAACCACCAGGCACUGUUGCACUUAAAACUUCAGCCAAGAGUUUUGUAGAUUUCUUAUUGGUACCGGUAGUUAAUUUUCCAGUUUUGGAAUGACAGCUUUUUGCAGGGGGUUUAUUUUUGCAAUUCAAGUAGGGGCAUUAAAGGGGCAUUAAAUUUCGAGAUUCAAUAAAUUAUUAUUGUUCUCAACUUUAAAAAUUCCUAGAUAAACCGGAACAAACAAAAUGCAUAUUUCUUUGUUUUGUUCUUUUUUGUAUGAAUCUAGCGAUUCAGAUAAAGAUGAUAGCUAGAUUAUGUACUCCGUAUGUGAAAUCAGCAUUCUUUGCAAAUUCUGGGUAUUAAAUUUUGCGUGUUUAAAUUUCACAAGGAUUUUUAUUCCCAGGUCUUUAAUUUAGCGAUUUUUUUUUUUUUACAAUUGUGAAAAACACAAAAUUAAGUACCACAAAGUACUUACCAAGACAUGUCCAGAGUGAUAGAGCACUUGGAGCAAAAUGAUUGAAGUAAAUGCUUGCAAAAGGUAACGUGUGCAAAAAGAAUUGACCUCGCUAAAAUCACUGUAAACAUACUGAGGUCCUGCAAAUGUCCUGAGACUGUCCUGCAUACAUGUCUUAUAAGAGUUUAAGACUGCUGGCCAGCUUUGUCUUUUGUUUAACCUCUCCUAAAUUACAUUUAGCCACAUAAUAUAAGGGGGAUAGAUCUGGAUACUCUUCUUCCCUGGAGUAAAUAUGAAGUGAAGGGUUUUUUUGUUUUAUUUUUUGGUUUCAACAGACAUCCAGAUGUAUAUAAACAACAGCUUACCUUAUGGGAAGCCAAAUGCCAAGCGUAAGAAUUACUAAUUUUGUUUUCAGAAUUUAGUUAUUGAUGUUACUAUCUGAUGGACAUUACAGGAAAUUACAGGAAUGUAAUAACACGGUUGUGUUUUGAAGAGGCAUCUGGCCUUGCAUCAGUUCUUAGUGCAUUUUGUUUUUUUACAGUCAACAGUCAUUCGCACAGUCUUAAAAAGUCCUUGAAUUUAGGGGAAGUCCUUGAAAAGUCCUUGAAUUGACAAUUCCAUUUUUCCUUGAAAAGUCCUUACAUUUCUGUGAAAGUCCUUGAAAACUCCUUGAAUAUUCCUCAACUUUGAGUGUAGUGGCUUAGUGCCUUGUAAAAUGCUUUUUGGUUGUCCAAAACAGAAUAUAAAUCAUAACUAAGAGAAGUUAAGGGUGAUUUACAUAAUGCGUUUGUUGUUUUAUUCAAGAAUUAACUAUCAUGAAUUUGAGACAAGUGAACUGAAAAAUGUAGAGACGUUGGUGGAGCAAACAGUUUAAGCCCUUAAGUCUUGUUAGAAUGGACUGAGAAUAGGCAUUUCUGUACAAUCUGUAAAAUUACAUUCCUGGUAGGUGGUGCUUGAAAAUCUAAUGUGGUCCUUGAAAAGUCCUUAAAAAAUGGUUGCAAUUUUUAAGAAAACUCCUAGUCGAACCUCUUUUAAGUGGUCACCGACAUGAAGAGGUUCUGUUUAAAUAGAAGCUCAACCGUAUUUUGUGAGGAUUUGUAACUUACAUGUUUCAUUCACGUAGUUCAUGAGAGCUAUAAAUUUUGAAACGUUUUGUUUGUGGGGAUGUGAAAUUUUAUCAUUCUUUUUUCCCAUAGGCUUCAAAAACAGCUUAAUUUCCCUAAGCAUGAAAAGAUAGGAGACAUGAAACGGAUGAACAGUUGUAAGUGUUAAUUUUAAUCCUGGCCAAGUUCUGUACAGUACAGUCGAGUGUGUCUGGUCUUAUAAUGUGGUGCUUGUAAGACCUGGUUUUUAAUUAAAUUUUACAAUAACUUGGCGAUUUCUCACGCGCUGAUUGUUUGAGAGCUAUGGUCCACAAGAGUACAGACCAUAGAAAUUACAUUAUGUUGACGCGAUUUUUUCUCGUUCUUGAGCUCACGAUUUUCCCAGAAACUUAAAAGGAAAUGGGCACCAACCUCUGUCAAUGUCAAUGCUUUUUUAAAAAAACAAAUCAACGACAAUUAAUUUUCCAUGGUCUAUGCCCUUACCGACCAUGGAAACGAUGUCAGAAUGUUCAAAACGUGGCAGUGAGAGCCCUGGUGGUCGACUUGAGUUUUGAACAUGUUGAUGUCUUUUCUGUGGUUGGCAAGAGUGCAGACCAUGGAAAGUUGUUGUCGAUUCAUUGAGUAACUGCUUUUUUUUAAAUACAAAAUACAAAGUAAAUAAUAACUAAUAGUAAUAGUUUACAGUCAACUUUCUCCAACUUAUCUAAAACGUCUUAUCUAAAAUGAACACCUAGAGUUGUUCCUUGCUGUUGAUUGGUGAGUUACCUCUCUUAAGACAAUCCCACAAUCGAAUUUAACACCAGGCCGACGCAUUCUCACAUGCAGCCUUAAAAUGACUGAUGCACAACCACUGAUGAUAAUGACUGUGUCAACAUAAGCGGAAUACAAGAACUGGGAUGGUUAUUGCCCCGGGGGGACUCCCAUAUAUAAGUGUCGGUGAUGUUUGUUGGAAAAUUCAAAUUAAACCCCUAAGAGAGACCAAUGUGGGUGUGGCUCAAGCUUAAACUGAUCCCUGAGGGAGAUUUCUGUGUGGUUAGUGUCACGGCAUUUUUUGUAAAUUUCUUUAUGCGCAGUACUAAGGGAUACCUGAAAGGGCAAAUAUAGUGACUUUCCACCCCAAACACCCCAAGUGAGACCAAAAUUUGCAAUUUACACCCCAAAGCGAGACAACGAGCAUCCCGGUCACUUCGAUAUGUGAGUCCCCCCACCUCCCCCCUCCCCCCAGGGGGUGUGCUUUUGGAAAGGCAACCGCAUACAACAUCUUGCACAGCUAACUUGUAAGUUAAAUGGGCGAAGUCAUAUUGUAUUAAGGUUUCCCGUUAUGACCUAGGUGGAAGCUCCCACCUACAGAUUGUAGAGUUUUCUCACAGGACAAUUCUUCCUUUCCGUUUCAGCUGAUCCUUCUACCAGCACAGAAAAUAAAAAACUUUCUAAGCCGUCGAAAUCUAAAGCGAAUCAUAUUAUGAACAAUGAUUUAACAAACGGAGGACCAAAUCCAGAGGAACAUUCUCCAAUGGAAGUAGACUGCAAAGAAGUGACUAGUAAUAAUGUUAAUCAUGCUAUCAAGAAAGAGCCCAUGCCAGUGGCUAAUGGAGAACAUUUUGCGGACGCAUUAAAAGUAUUACAAGAAUUUGUUCGAGAAAAAUUGCACAGAACUGUUCUAAGUUUUGCGGAAUUUAAAAAGCUUUUGCUUCUUCGGCAAACAGGUGAGUUGCGUGUGGUAAUUUUUCUAUUUUCUGAUUAGGUAAGUACUGUCCUCUAGGGUCGUCGCGCAACGCUCCUCCUCCGUGAACCACAUACUUAUCCUCAUUCCAUUCCCUUCACUUCCUCAGGAUUGCUAGAGUGAAUCUUGCUGCCAAAGAAUCGUAUGGUAUUUAGGUUGCCUUGAUUUUCUUCAAAUUUCUGAAAAUUCUUCUAUCUUGAGAGAUAUUUUAAGCCACGUUUGUUACGAGGUACCAAACCCAACAGCUAUUGAACUGAAAAACAUGUUCGGAAUAGCGAUGACAGAAAUUCGGGAAUCGGGAUGCGGGAUUCCCGUGAAAAAGGAGCGGGUAUGUGGGAUCAUGACUCCCUUUCCAGACCCUAUGCUUACUGUGGCUGUUUUCUUGUUAGCAAGCAGUCCUGGAGAUCCUCUGUGUGCUGGAGUACCUGAUGUUUUACUUGAGAAAGCGAUAAUCAAUGCUGGAGCGACAGAGAUUGACCUGAAGGUAGCGCAGAACUUUUUUAUGGAUCAUGUUCCCUUCUAAUGACUGAAAAAAUAAAUGUUAGAUAUUGACUAAUCUAAGGAAUGCAGGGUCACCUUUACAAACUCGUCACUUUGUAGUUUGGUGGCUCAUUAGGAUCUGUCAAUUUGUUGACUUUUCAGGCUUCAAUCCAAGACAGCGUAUUUUUUUCCUGAAAAUCUGUCGUUUCAAGUCUUUUCGAUUCGAACUCAAGUGGUGAAAGUUUGAUGAAUCACUUUAAGUAUAGUUUGCGCGUGAACAAACUUCAAUCGAAACGACUUUGUAUCCAGACGGCUGUAAACCAGUUUCCUCUGUCGUGGAUAAAACCCAUUGCAAACGGACGCAUCAUUGUUUGCCAACAAGUCCCAUCAUUGUCGGAUGUUACAUUUUACGUCCGUUUGCACACCCUGUUGCAUGUUGUUGGUAGUUGUUGCGCAAAGUUUGAGACUGGUCAACUUCUAAUCCAACAACUCCUAACAUUUCUGUUGUUCCGUGAUCGCCGAAGCGUAGCGCAACAAUGUUGGAUCCAAUCGCACAGCUCUUCCAACAUUGUUGGGGCCACGCACGCGCAUUACACGUGAUCUCCAAAGUCUUCUGGGUUGUAUCCUUCCCAUGAUGCACUGCAGGUCCCAACAUUGUUGGGAGUUGUAGCAUCUGUUUGCACACCACUGCCAAUACAGGCGCAACAACUCGCAACAAUGUUGGGAGUUGUUGCGUCCGUUUGUACGUAGCUUAACGCCCUGCAUACCGAAACCUUAGCAAAAGAAGGCGCAAGUCGUAGCCAUGGUCUGUUGACACUUGUAGAAAUGAGCUGUAAUUGGGCACCCGCCAUGGUGCGUCUUAAAAGGGCAAAUUGAAAUGCAAAACACCUUUUUGAAAUCUCUACUACGAGGUUAAGUUCUUCUUUAAUUUUGUUUACUUCUGGCUUUGUAUAGAGUGGCUCGCAAAACAGGUGAUAAUUUUGUACAUUCCUUGGUCGAGCAUGAAGCGCUUCAAAGCAUGAUGUUUGAGUCACGUGUGGCCGUGGAAGAUCCACACCGCAAACCACGCACUUUGGCCCUAAAGACUGUUUUUACUAGUUAGCUUGAGAGUUGAUGUUUGUUCUUUCAUUGUUGAUUUACAGUGGCCACCAGCAGCUCUGAGUAUUGACACGCAGUCACGGAGAUUCUUUGCCUUUAGAAGCAUAGGAGAUUCGUCAGAUCAGGUGAAGAUGAUGAUUUAGGUUAUAUUCACACUAAACUGGAUAGCUGAACAGCAACGGCGUUCACACGCAUCGAACUUCGUGCCGAAGCAGUUGUCCGAGAGGGUCUGGUGAACUAAAUCCCAGUUCUCACUCCUGAAUAUUUGCUUCCGUCUCAGUGGAUUCCAGCGCGUGCUCCUGUUUGUUCACUUCCGCUACUAUCCGAAUACCUUUUCCCACUGUACCAAGGUGUGGCAUAGCCUGUGCCAGGCCCUCAGAUAGUACAGUGGGGACGUAAAUAAAAAAAACAAAGCGAAAAUAAGACGCGCACGACCUGGGAAAGGCUUCAGCACCCGCGCAUUUUUCGCAUCACUUCUUACUGAAGGACUGCACGACUAUCUGAUGAUCCACUCUCGAGACUGGCUUAGCGCAGCUUCGCCCCGUUACAGAAAUCGCGCCAGAAAUCACCGUUCUUAUGUGUGAACAGAAGACCUAUCCGGUAUCGUUUUUUGUACCAGCACAAGAGCUAUGCGGUAUAAUGUGAAAAUAUCCUUAGAUUAGAUUCAUCUUGUUUCAUUACAGUAAAAUAAAAAUGCUAGUUUUCGUCUUGUAAAAUACUAUGUGGUAAACAUAACGGCACUUAAGAAAGGUACAGCAGAAAAGCAGGUUUUUAACUAGUCACUGAUUUCCAAAGGUACCGAUUAACCAAUCACAGCUCACAUUGUUACCCAAACGAUCCCAGAAUACACCAUGUAACACCGUCGUAGUUGAAUUCUAACGUUUGUAUUUUUGUCAUCUGUGUUAGUAUCGAGCCGUGGUCCUGGAUAUGUUCAGCAAAUCUUGGUCAUUGACCAGAAAAGAGUUCAGUACCAAAGUAGCGGAACAAAACCUUCCUGCACCCAGCAGAAAGGACUGGAUGAUAGUCCAACAGGUUGAUAAAAUGUAUCUGUUUAAUCCGAACAUCAGCAUGUAUAUUCUCCACAUUGUAUAUUAUUGAAUAAUAGGGAGCCCACGCUAAGAGGUUUUUAAGGCACGCAAGUCAACCGGAAGUGAGGCCUAAUCCCUGUUAAUAGGGAACUUAAGCAAAGACGUUUUUGAGCGAGUACCUCAACCGGAAGUGGGCUUUUGCAUCUUUGAGAAGUGGUUUUACCCAGUUGUUCGGCAAAUCUUCUUUACAAGGGAAAGGACACUUAGCAAUACAAUUUUGAUAGCGUUUAGGCAUGUUACAUGGGAAAAGGCCUCACUUCCGGUUGACGUACGUGGCAAAAAACGUCUUUGCUUAAGUUCCCUUAUAUGCCUUAACGCAACCAAAUUUGUAGUUCUAAGUGUCUUUACUCUUUUAGAAACGAUUUGCCCAAAAAUUUCGGCAAAAGGGUUGUCAAAUAAUGGAGGACGUCCACUUUCGGUUGAUGUGUGUAGCUCAAAAACGCCUAGUAAUAAUUUUUAGCAAGGAACGCACUUUACCAGAAGGUGUUCUUCAGUGGGACCCUGUUUUCACCUUUUGCCGUACAUUUCUUAUAGAACUGAUAACGAGUGUUUGCUUGACAAUCAUGACGUUCCUGACUCGGGCAUCUCCUAACCUUUAUGUUUAAUUGAGGAGAGUCAUUGAUGAACAAAAGAUGACGGAGACUAGACCAGCCGUUUAACGUCUCUGUCCAGUGUCGUGUAUGAUCUUACCAGUUUUUUGACGACCCCGGUUGAUGUUCCGGCCGGGUUUGAGCCCGGACCUCCUGCUCAGCAGACCGGUGUUCCAGUGAUAUGGGUAUCCUCAUUUCCAAAAACCUAGUGAUAUGGGCAUCCCCUUUCUCAUAUUACCUUAGCGGUUUGGGUUUGCGUUACGGUUACAGGGGAUGCCCAUAUUACGAGAGUUUUGGGAAUGGGGAUGCCCAAAACGUGGGGAUGCCCAUAUCACUGUGACACCGGCACUAUUCCUACUGAGCUAACAGGUACCAGACUUCCGAACGGUAUGCUCCGGUUUGUUUUCCGUCCAGUGCUCGUAGGAGUGCUGCCUUUGUUUUGACAUGUACAAAUUCGCUACUUAAGAAACGGAAAGGGAACCGGGGACGCACCGGUCAGCUAUUGGCCAUUUUUUCCUUGUUUCUAGUAACAGUCCCAUUGCGAACAUUAACUCGGCCCAGUCUCCUCGUUUCUCAAGUGGCGACUCCUCAGACAUGAUAGUCUUCGUAGAUAAGGACGAAAAACCCGUAGGCCCCAUCUAAUAGCCUUUUUGCUUAACUGGGACGUAAUAGAAGCCACAAUGCUCUUCGCAAAGCAUAGGGGACUUAGAACCAGAUAGUGUGGUCAACCUUAAGCUACUAUAUCACUCACUCCUUGUGUAGUGUAAACUGAUUUAGGAUUACUGACAUCGUUAUAUUACGUUUGCGUUGGAGAGAUCCGAGCCGCAAAAACAGCGAAACCCACCUACACCUCCCUUAACCAAUAUUAACACUUACCUCUUACCUGGGGCGAAAUGUUGGCUUAGGGGAGGGGUGGGUGGGCAGUUUCCGAUAAACCUUAGUUGAUCCGAAGGUGUUGACAAUUGCUAAUUCGUACCGUUUUCUUUUUGGAACAAAAGUGUUCAGAUCUGGCCGUUUGGGUCAAAACGCUUCUGGAGACUAUCUAAGAAGCCAUAGUUACAGUUAGGUUUAGAUUUGCCAUGUUGAGCCGUAAAUAAGGCUACAAGAAACAGAUCUUAAAAUUUAUUUAUUUCUCUUUCCUCAGGAUCUUCUGGAGCGUUAUGGCAACAAUCAUAUGCAGUGGUUUCUACGAGGAACAUCAAGUAUGCUUGUAGGUACUUAACCUCCUCGGUUCUACUUGCAAACGUGAGACGAGCAUUGAGAAGGGCUGCGGUCUGCCCUUGUCACGCGUCACGAAAGGUGCUUCAUCUGGUCACCUGACCCUUAAAAAAGAAGACGGUCGAAAACUUGAUGUGUGCUUCAAAGCAGCCUGGCGAAGAUUUCAAGGUCAAAUGUUAUUUUUGAAAGUACACUCACGUCAAGUUUCUUGGAAGCUUGCCUUGAAUUAUUGUUGUGCUAGAAGUUCGUUUCUUGAGGACCUUCACCGAGAAAAUGAAGCAGUGAAAAAAUAGACAUUUCAAAUUCGCACUGAGAAAGGACAGAAAUUUGUCAUCCUCGAGAAAGUCGACUUUUUAUGAACGAAAAGUUUUAUCAGCACCAAAGUGUUCAGAGACAUGUUCAACCAAAUGUCGGACGGAGAAACAAAAGUAUUUAUUAUGAGGU